CUGGGCCGUGCCACCUCAUCCCCACGCUCCUUUUCCUCUCUCUUUCUCUUCCAUCUUCAUUUCUUUUUAGCAACCGACAAGCUGGCGUCCAAUUCAAAAGUUUCUUCCCUGCUGGCCCCCCGUGGCAUCUCCUUUCCUCCGGAUGUUGACACGGCGCCGCAGCGGCUAUCUCCAAGCAUGAACCAAAAACAAGGCCGACGGAGGCGAUCCAGCAGUCUGAUCUACCAGGAGCCAGCUGAAUCAAUCGAGCGCACAAGUGAUCAGGCAGCUUUGCCAAACCUCAACGCAGAUUGGGUGAACGCCAAGGGUGCUUGGACUAUUCACUUUGUCUGUAUCGCUGCCCUCAAGAUUUUCUACGAUAUCAUUCCUGGUGUCUCACAGGAGACAUCGUGGACCCUCACCAACAUCAGCUACAUGUUCGGAUCCUUCCUCAUGUUUCACUGGGUGCGGGGCAUCCCAUUCGAAUUCAACGCCGGGGCCUAUGAUAACCUCAAUAUGUGGGAGCAAAUCGACAAUGGUGACCAAUAUACGCCUGCCAAAAAGUUCCUACUCAGCGUCCCUGUUGUACUCUUCCUCAUCAGCACCCACUACACCCACUAUGACAUGACCUACUUUACCAUCAAUUUCCUCGCCACAUUGGGAGUGGUUAUUCCCAAGUUGCCCUUUUGGCAUCGAUUGCGGAUAGGCCUCUUUUCCGAGAUACCCGAGGAGUCAUAG